UUUUUAACCCGUUCGUACUGUAUUUGUUACAUCUGAACAAUAAAUUUGGUUUCAAAUACUGUUUUGCUCAAUGGAAGAUUUGGAGGUAGACGAGAAUUCCAAAAGUAUCGAAAGCAUCCUUGAGAUGUGGGUUAAGUGCGCGACUAUGGAUGCGGACGAGUCCCACGUGGCAAACCCUUCGGUGAGGGUAGUUGAGAUGGAGAGGCAAAGUUCUCAAUCUUGCGGUUUUCAUUUAACCCGAAGCAAAUGGGACCCAUACCCAUGGGUAAGCAAAGUGGAUGGUGGUACGGCGGCCGACACUGCUGGAAUGCAACCCGGCGAAUGCGUUUUGGAAGUUAAUGGUGAAGAUGUAGUUGGAAAACGAAUAUCCGAAAUUGCUGAACGUGUAAGGUCAGGGUCAAGUCAAAUAUCUUUACUUUUAUGGAAUUCGGGAGUGGAUGCGCGAUGUUCAUCACAGUCGAUAUGCUGUGGAUCACUACCCCAAAACCUUCAGAGGUUUUCAACGUGCGUUUCAUCAGUACUAUCAUUUAUGGAAUGUCCGGUAUGUUUGGAUACAAUUUCGCCGCCCGCUCACCAAUGCGAGAAUGGUCACUUGGUGUGUUUCAAAUGCCGUACGAAAACCGAAAGAUGUCCCGUUUGCAGAAUACGCCUGACAAGAGUAAGAUCGUUGCUGGCUGAACAGAUUUACAAUGUGAUAACCGACGUGUUUUGUCUUAGUGGCGAGACACAAAAAGAUCAAAAAUUUAAAAUGCAGUCUAUUUUCAAAUUGAGUGGCAAGAGAAAGGAUGUUCCUGAUAUAAAGGUGACUCAAACUCACACAAAUAAGUUUUUAGCGCGCCUCAUCGGAAAGUCUACUUCCGUGGAUAAUUUAUCUAAUGACAACAAUCGUUCGGCUUCCUCAGUUACUGAAUAUCCUUUCGAGGAGCAUUUUGUCAAUAAUUUAAAAGCAAAGUCGCUGUCAACGAGUGAAAUUUGUAAAUUUUACACCUCAUGUACAUCUAGAGCGAGUUCGUUUAAUAAUCUAAGUACUUCUAAGCGCUUAGGGAAGAGGUUUUUAAAUGCAGAGAAGGUAUCUGGGAGCAGCCCUACAUCUCUGCAAGGUUCAGUUGAAUCGAUGCUUGCUAAAGUUGCAGGUGACGAUGUGUUGUACCCAUGCCCUUAUACAGAUAAUUGCACAGCACUAAUUAAAGGUUCGAUUGUUGAUCACUUCCGAGAUUAUCAUUCUGGCCCACUCAUUCAGUAUUUUCAAUAUAAAUUCCAAUUAUCACUAGGUGAAAUUCAAAAACAAGGUAACCAUUGCUGCAUGAUUCACACAGGAUGCCAGAUUUUUUUCUUGCGAAUCUUAACCAAUUUUGAAUCAGAUGUUACAAGAAAGAAGUCCAAUUCAAAUGGCGGAGUAUUUCUAUGGAUGUGGACUUUAACAGACUCGGAAGUGGGGAGACAGUUUCAGUUCAGUGUGGAAAUUCUUAACUCCGAAGGGGAGAAUGUGUUUAGCACAACUACCCUAGUGCAUUCCUUGUUAAGGGUGUCAUCGUCGGACAUAAUAGAAAACAGAAGAGGAGUCUUCUUUAAUUCACAUCUGCUGGAGCAGUGGCGCGUUUCCGUUAUUCGCUUUGAAAUUCAUGAAACGGGAUAACGAUCGAAUAUUUACCUACACUUAAUUUAGUAAAAAAUAAUUUUUUUGUAUUACUAUGUGCAGCGUUGAUAUACUUCCAUUCCACGUUCCCCUUUUGAUCUGAUGGUUUGAAUUCAGCGCUCUAAAAAUACGCAAUUAACUACCCAUUAAUUUAUAAUUUAUUUGGACGUGGCGGUUUGCGAAUAAGAUAAUUUUCUUACUAGUUUUAAAGCAAUUGUGUGCGAGGAAAAUAGCCAUACUUUUGGUUACAGCAAGUACUCUCAAUAUACAAAGUCAGCAACAAUAUUACACAAUUCCUCAAUUACAUAAUGUCAUGUUGGAACACUACGUUAACACUUAACCUAAACGAAACAAAACUUGUUACUGACCCAAUACAAACUAAAAGAGGAAUUUUUCAGGGCGAUUCUUUGGCAUAUGUUGGGCCUUGGAGUAAAAUAAGACAGGUGUUCGUGCGAUCCGACCCGCGCUGAGGCUAAAUUCUCACAGAGAGAGACAGAGUAGACGUCCACGCCGCGGCGACGUGUACGGCGUGUAUUUCGUUGAAAUAAUGGACAUACGUAAAAAAUAUACAGGUUUAUUGCACUAUAAUGACUUAUAUUCUGACGUAUAAUUAAUGAUCAAACGAACUUACCUGAAGUGAUGUUCGAUCAUAAUUAUACGAGACGUCCAAUUCGAAGAUAUCAUACUAUGUAUAUCUCAGGUUCAAAAGAGUUAAGGAAGUCACAAUACGGGAGGUAGCCAAAUUAAUAGGAACACUGGUUUCCGUAUGUUCGGCCGUGAAGUACGGUUGGUUGUAUACAAAGUCUCUUGAAAGGGAUAAGUUUUUGGCGCUGAAAGAAAAUAAUGGUAACUUCAAUCGAAUUAAGCAACUUGGCAAAAAUUCUAUAAAUGAUCUCACCUGGUGGGAAUCAAACCUGAGACACGGGGCUAAUACCAUUCGCAAAGACACGUUCUCUCUGGAGAUAUUCACGGACGCCUCCCUAUCGGGUUGGGGCGCCUGUUGUGGCUCCGACCGUAUUCACGGUUGGUGGACUCAGACGGAACGAGAAGAACACAUCAACUCCUCGCAAUCUUCCACGGAUUAAAGUCUUUUGCUAAGGGUAAAACUAACAAUCACACUCAGGACAGACAAUACCAAUGCGUUGUCUUACAUAAAUCGUAUCAUUCAGCGCCUGAAACUGUCCAUUCUCUCUAGAAACAUAUGGCAGUGGUGCGAACGCAGAAAUUUGUGGAUAUUCGCCUCAUGUAUAAGUUCGGCGGAUAACAAACGGACAGACGAGGAAUCUCGUUCUCUCCCAGGAGACACGGAUUUUUAGCAUUAUUUACAAAUGUAGUCAAAAAAUUAUGGCCUAUAACCUACAGCAAAUAAACAAAGAAAUCAUUAUAACCCACAAUAAAUGCUUAAAACUGUAUACCUGCUCUAUUCGUUUUAUAGCUGUCAGCUUCCGUAUCUUAUGUUGUUUUCCUUCAUAAAAUUGUUUAAUUCGGAAUACUACAUAAAAAAAUGAACAGCUUUUGCCAAAACACCACUUUUAUGCGAAUUGCAAAGAAACAACAAAUUUAAAUGGGCUUGAAAAAGUUUAUGUAACGUUUUUUCGUAAGCUGUAACGUUCCAUACAUUUGCUCUAGUACUUGUUAAAUUAAAGUAACACGAUAAAAAAGAUAAAAGGUCAACGAAGGGGGUAUUUAACCUAUUCUGAAGUACCCGCCGUGCGGACGAUUUACUGCAUCUCUCUUCGCACCUCUCACUCUAAUUCCGUGAGUUUCGAGCCUCACUAGUCACUACAACCGUGACCACCUGUCUUUAUUAUACACCAUGGUCGCCGCCCAGCGCGAUGGCAACAAAAGUAGUGGUGAAACGCCCAUGAUAGUGCCUACAAGGGAUGCAUCCCCACGACAGUUGACUAAUCAAACGGAACUUACUUUGUGGAUAUACCUUGUAUAAACAAACUCGGAUUAAUUAGCAAACGAUUGGACAGUAUGAUGAGAAGGAAAUCUUUCUCGUACCUUUUCUAAACAGAAAACUGAAGAGAAAUGUACGCAAACAAACUAUUUAUUAAUUAGUUACAAACGAAAUGCAGUCACAAUGUAAAACUAAUGAUAUGAAUAUGUGCUAUGUAUUUGAAUAAAAUUUGAAUCUAAUUCUUGGCAGAUCGGUAAGAGCGGCUCACUGCAAAAUUGAGGUUGACAUCAGGACGAAUCAAUAAAAAAGGAACUUAGGUACUUUUAUAGUUGUGCCGGCUAUGCGGCGAAGACGAACGGCGGUGGUUAUAUUAUCCACGAAGAAUCGACGGACGACGAAAGGGUUGUUGAUGGUGAUGGACGAUGAGUACAACGAAUUGUUGAGUCCACCAAUAACUUGAUGCAAGACGAAAUUCUUAAUGAAAAUGGAUUGUUGUCGACUUCUUGUUUGCAAUCCCCGCAAUCGGCGCAAUCUACCCUUCUCGAUUCCCAUUUUUCUCCGCGUAUGUUUGUUUCUAAGUAAGUUGGGAAGGGAAAACGGAGGAAAACGAAGUAAAGCGGUAAAUAGGAAAAACGAAAUGUUAAAUUACAACGGGACGCAACAUAAACUCCAACUCGUGCUGCGUUGGAGGAGCACAUAAGGAGGGCGGCGUAUGUCGCUGGCCAUAUCUGAGGAUGUGCAAACCAGGUGAUGAGAAACUCUAUAAGUCCAGAAGAAUGGGGAUGGACUCUUGAACCCAAAGGCUAGAUGUUUCUGUGAUCCAAGCUGCCACAAGUAUGGAAGGCAGUCCGUGCUCUGGACAGGUGUGGCUGCGCGACAGACUGCGAGACCCUUCGGCGCAGCUGCCAGCGACACGGAUUGCCAUGUUCCCCUGCAUGCCAAAAAUGUAUGGGAGAUUGCUCAAACAAAGGAUAAGAAUAUUGUAUACUUUAGAUAGGUAUAAUUUACUACCGAACCUUUAAUAUUUAUAUGUAAAAUUGCUUUUCGGUGAUGAUAACGCAAUCUCAGAGAAGGUGAGCGAUGUACUUGAUGAUCCUUCAUAGGCUUAUAAAUUUUU